CUUCCUUUCCGCCAUUAAAUUCUGACUGGUCUGUAUCGUCAGAAAUCGGCCAAGAUGGGAGCAAUCAGGCCUCUAGUGAAGCACAAGAUUGUCAAGAAGAGGACGAAGAAAUUCAUCCGUCAUCAGUCAGACAGAUAUGACAAGAUCAAAGAAAACUGGCGUAAACCUAAGGGUAUUGACAACAGGGUGAGGAGGCGCUUCAAGGGCCAGUUUCUCAUGCCAAACAUUGGUUAUGGUUCAAAUAAGAAAACCAGGCAUAUCUGCCCAGAUGGAUUCAAGAAAUUCCUUGUUCACAAUGUCAGAGAACUGGAAGUCCUGAUGAUGCAAAACAAGACCUUUUCUGCCGAAAUUGCACACAAUGUCUCCAGCAAGAAGCGAAAAACCAUCGUGGAACGUGCUCAGCAAUUGGCUAUCAAAGUGACCAAUCCAAACGCUCGCCUGCGAUCGGAGGAGAACGAAUAGAUGACAUUUACUGUAAUAUAAAAAAACUAAUAUACAAAAAUUCCAAAAUAA